AUUCACAUGAAGAAUGUGUAUUUUUCAAAUUCCCAAGUUCCACGAAAACGACCUCCACAGUCCACCAUUCAUCGCCGUCCAUUUUUAUCUUUCACCAUUAAAACACACCUUUUUCUCUGUAUCUCGUCAUCUUCAAAACUCACUCUUCUUCUCUCUUCUCAGUUCUACAGAUCCUCUUUCAAACAACAAUGGCGUCUUCAGCUCAAGAUGGAAACAAUCCCCUUUUCUCUCCUUACAAGAUGGGCAAGUUCAAUCUAUCCCACAGGGUAGUAUUGGCUCCGAUGACAAGGUGCAGAGCACUGAAUAAUAUUCCACAGGCGGCGCUAGGGGAGUAUUACGAGCAGAGAGCGACGGCCGGUGGAUUUCUGAUCACUGAAGGCACUAUGAUUUCUCCGACUUCAGCUGGGUUUCCUCAUGUGCCAGGGAUUUUCACAAAGGAACAAGUAAGGGAAUGGAAGAAAAUAGUUGAUGUAGUGCAUGCAAAGGGUGCUGUCAUAUUUUGUCAGCUGUGGCAUGUUGGUCGUGCAUCUCAUGAAGUGUAUCAACCUGCUGGAGCUGCACCAAUAUCAUCCACUGAGAAGCCUAUAUCAAAUAGGUGGAGAAUUCUAAUGCCUGAUGGAACUCAUGGGAUUUAUCCAAAACCAAGAGCAAUUGGAACCUAUGAGAUCUCACAAGUUGUUGAAGAUUAUCGCAGGUCGGCCUUGAAUGCUAUUGAAGCAGGUUUCGAUGGUAUUGAAAUCCAUGGAGCUCACGGUUACUUGAUUGAUCAAUUCUUGAAAGAUGGGAUCAAUGACCGGACAGAUGAGUAUGGUGGAUCACUAGCCAACCGGUGCAAAUUCAUCACACAGGUGGUUCAAGCAGUAGUCUCAGCAAUAGGAGCUGAUCGCGUAGGCGUUAGAGUUUCACCAGCAAUAGAUCAUCUUGAUGCCAUGGACUCUAAUCCACUCAGCCUUGGCUUAGCAGUUGUUGAAAGACUAAACAAAAUCCAACUCCAUUCUGGUUCCAAGCUUGCCUAUCUUCAUGUAACACAGCCACGAUACGUAGCAUAUGGGCAAACUGAAGCAGGCAGACUUGGCAGUGAAGAGGAAGAGGCUCGUUUAAUGAGGACUUUGAGGAACGCGUAUCAGGGGACAUUCAUUUGCAGUGGUGGAUACACUAGGGAACUAGGAAUUGAGGCUGUGGCACAAGGUGAUGCUGAUCUCGUGUCAUAUGGUCGUCUUUUCAUCUCUAAUCCUGAUUUGGUUAUGAGAAUCAAGCUAAAUGCACCUCUAAAUAAGUAUAACAGGAAGACAUUCUAUACUCAAGAUCCAGUUGUGGGAUACACAGAUUACCCUUUCCUUCAAGGAAAUGGAAGCAAUGGACCGUUAUCGCGUCUGUGAGAAGAACAGUUGUAUUUUGUAACAACUUGUGAAACCUGAUUUUGUUGGGCAAUUUAUUUACUUGGUAAAGUAUGCAAGGGAUGUUGCUUUUUUAGAGCCUAGUACCAGCCAAGCCUCCUCGACUUGCUAAUAAGAGUCGGUUAUGGAAUAGUCUUUUAGUCGGCUUUCUCUUUCUUAAGCACUUGCUGGUGAAUUUCAGGAAGAAAUUUGUACUAUUAAAAAAACAUCAGGUUUUAUCAUUCAUGAGAAAGCUCUAAAA